AUGGACGCAGAAGGUGUCGCAGCCUCCCCGGCCGCGCCUCACCAGCCACCAUACCAAUACACCCCCAACCAGGGCUACGAGCAGACGGAACAGGUCCCCCGCGAAUUGCUGAGGCAACAGGCCGAUGGCCCGAGUACCCAGGGCGCCGCAGCCGCAGCGGACGAUGAAGACGACGACGACGACUACCUCGAGGACAUCUUCGACGAUGACGCCGACGAGCAGGACGAGGAGGACUGGGCCGCGGGCGACGGCGACCUGACCAAGACGUACAACCGCCAGCGGCAGCUGACGGAUGGCGGCGCGGCCCUCCCGCGGUCCAACCAGCAGAAGCCCAAGGCCAACACGCUCGCCAGCGUCGACGACCAGGUGUCCGCGCUGGCGAGGCACGCGGCCAAGAUCCGGCUCGACAGCGGCAAGCACGAUGGCGAGCGCGACAAGGACAAGGCGGACCGGGCGACCAGCGAGCAGGUGCUGGACCAGCGGACGCGCAUGAUUCUGCUGCAGUUGAUCAACCGCGGGGUUGUGAGCGAGGUUCACGGCGCCAUCAGCACCGGUAAGGAGGCCAAUGUCUACGGUGCGGUGUCGUAUGACGAGGAGACUGGCGCGGCGACGCAGAGGGCCAUCAAGGUGUACAAGACGGCUAUCUUGGUCUUCAAGGAUCGUGAGCGGUACAUUACUGGCGAGCACCGCUUCAAGGGCGGCUUCGACAAGGGCAACAACCGCAAGAUGGUCAAGCUAUGGGCCGAGAAGGAGUAUCGCAACCUGAGGAGGAUAUACAGCGCAGGGAUUCCCUGUCCGGAGCCCUUGGCUCUCAAGCUGCAUGUGCUCGUCAUGGGCUUCCUGGGCGACAAGAAGGGCUGGGCGUACCCGCGACUGCGUGACGCCAACCUCCAGGGCGACGACGUGGACCAGCAGUGGCAAGCGCUGUACGUGCAGCUGCUGGGCACGAUGCGGCGCAUGUACCAGGUGUGCAAGCUGGUGCACGCUGACCUGAGCGAGUACAACAUCCUGUACCACGCUGGCAAGCUGUACAUCAUCGACGUGUCGCAGAGCGUGGAGCCCGACCACCCGCGGUCGCUCGAGUUCUUGCGCAUGGACAUCAAGAACGUGGGUGACUUCUUCCGGCGCAAGGGCGUCGACACGCUGCCGGACCGGGCGAUUUUCAACUUCAUCACGGUGCCCGAGGGGCCCGUGGAGGAGCCGGCGCUGGGAGAGGCGCUCGCGAAGCUGUAUGAGACGAGGCGGGAUGCUACCAACGAGGAGGAGGCUGCAGCCGAGGAGGUGGACACGGAGGUCUUCCGGAACCAGUACAUUCCACAGACGCUGGAGCAGGUGUAUGAUGUUGAGAAGGACGUCAAGAGGCUUAAUCUUGGCGAAGGCAAUGACUUGGUGUAUAGCAAGCUGCUUGCUGACCAGGUUGUUGCGCCCAAGGGAGAAGGAAAGGGAGAGGAUGAGAGCGAAGAUGAAGAUGAGUCGGAAGACGAAUCUGGAGAGGGAGCCUCGCUUGAUGGUGAGGACGAUGAGGAGGAUGGUGAUGAGAGUCGGUUCGACAAGGGACGGCCGAGGGGGCGCAAAUUUGAGGAUAAGGACGAGAAGAAGCAACACAAGUUGGCGGUUAAGGAGGCCAAGCGAGAGAAGAGGAAAGAAAAGAUGCCGAAGCACAUGAAGAAGAAGCUCGUGUCGAGCACUUCCCGGAAAACGAAGAAAUAA